CAAUAAAUUAAAAAAAAUUUUUUUACAUUUAUUUAUUUUCGAGAGACAGAAAGAGGCAGAGCAUAAGUGGGGAGGCAGAGAGAGAAUGAGACAUAGAAUCUGAAGCAGGCUCCAGGCUCUGAGCUGUCAGCAGAGAGCCCGACGUGGGGCUCAAACUCACAAACCGUGAGAUCAUGACCUGAGCUGGAGUCAGAUGCUUAACUGACUGAGUCACCCAGGCACCCCUCAAUAAAUGUUUUUUAAAGUUUAUUUAUUUAUUUUGAGAGACACAGAGACAGCACAAGUGGAGGGAGGGGCAGAGAGAGAGAGAGAGAGAGAGAGAGAAUCCCAAGCAGGCUCCAUGCUGGCAACACAGAGCCUGAUGCAUGGCUCAAACCCACAAAGCCAUGAGAUCAUGACCUGAGCCUAACCAAGAGUUGGACACUUAACCAGCUAAGCCACCCAGGCGCCCCCAGCUCAAUAAAUGUUAAAGUCUGUAGACACUUAUGCAUCUGUCACCUAGAUCAAGGUAGAAACUGUCCCCAGCUCCUCCAAGAGGCCACUUUGUGCCCCCUCCAGUUGAUACCCCCCCACACAUAACCACUAAUUUGAUUUAUAUCACCAAGGAUUCUUUUUGCUUCUUGAAUGUAGACAACUUUUAAGAGAUUUUGUUGAUGGCUGGGCUCAGAUUUUGUAGACAUAUAAAGUUUUAAUGGUGAGGGGAAGUGGGCACCUGGGGUUUGGACUCUGUGGGGUAGCAAAUCCUGAGCCCAGUUUUCCUGGGUGCUGUGCUUGUGCUGUCUCCAAGGACUGCAUGACUGAGACUUACUUCCCUGAACUUCAGUUCCCCUACCUGAAGUUUGAUCCUUUUCCCCUAACAUUUCCUUUGGGUUGUAGUAAGAACGGGGGGAUUCAUCAGAAGCAGUGAAACCUGGGGUUGUCCAGACCUCUUAAUGCCUGUCUGGAGUCUAGAGCUCAAGUCACCAGGGAUGGGCGGAGCUAGAAUCUGGGACGCUCAGGAGUGCAGCCUGCCCAGCUGUGUUUAAGCGACUCACCUGACAACGGGGUGAGCCUGACAAACACGGCUGGUCUUCUGGAGUCUCCUCUGCUGUCUGCAUCUUGAGGCCACUAUGGCACUGCUCAGGAUCCUGGCGCUUCUGCUUGCUCUGACUGUCUCUGGUGAGGAGUUGGUGGGUGGGGGAACCCCAGUUCUCACGCCCAUCCCCCCCAUUCCACACUGGAGUGGAAUUGUGAUCCUUCUUGGAUAAGCUACCAUGGAGUGCAGGGGCUGGGGGAGAGCAAGGGAAAAGGGCAAAGAUCUAACUCCCUGACCCUCAUUUCUUAUCAUGGCUGCUUCCUCAACCAAGUGCUCACGUCUGUGAAAUGAGCUGUGCCAUUGUUGGAUAUGGGGGACAAGGAAGAGUUUUGGCUGCUUGGCCCCUAGAUGUGACCAGGCCCUGAGGGAGAAGGUCAGGACUAUGCUUGUGUGUGGGGGGACCUCCGGUCUGAAUUGUCUCUUCCUCACAGAACUCCACUGCCUGCCCUGGUUCAUAAAUGUCUCUGAGAGCCAGGGACCCGGCACGAUCCUUCAGUCCUUCUCCUUCAACUGCACUUCUCACAUGCCCACCCUGCAGUUGGUCCAUGUGCAGCCACCCACCACCUUCUUCAACCCACCCAGCCUGACCAGGUGGCAGGGGAUCUAUGUGGGCACGGUGACCUUAAGCAGCUCGGCCCGGCUGGAUGCUCUAUCGGUGAAUCACUAUAAGCUGCAGCUGCGGUUCACAUGUGGCAACCAUGUGAUGGAGGGACCACUCUCUGUGAAUGUGCGGCGGGACCCUGGUCAUAGUGCAUGUGCUGGCCGAUUUGCCAGCCCAGCUGGAGAAAUCAUUCAGGUUCUGGAAACAGUCACACCUGGGGCCAGACUGUACACUCUGCUGCUGCCAGGCCUGGAAGUCCAGCGUGCCCAGAUAAAUAUCAUCAGUGCCCAGGACCCUCCAUACUUUCCUGGACCUUUCUCCAUCAAUGGUCAAGGUUGGCUGCUGGUGCCAUCCCAGGGCCUCAAAGGCCAGGCUGAAAAGGUCUUCCAGCUUCAGAUUUUGGUGACUUUUGGACAAAAUCGAAGCUGCCUUGGGAUGCUCAAGGUCAAAGUUUUGCCUGUUCCCUCCAGCCUGAUCUCUUUCCUGAAGCAAGCCUCGAAUAUCACCAUCCUGGAGGACCUGCCCCCCGGGGGUAAGGUGGUUCAGGUCCGGGCCCGGGGCUUCGACGUGCGCUACGAAAUCCUCUCCCCGGUGCCCUGCCCCCUCUUCUCCAUCGGACGUGCCGACGGUGUGAUUCGCACCACCGCGCCUCUGGAGUUAGCGCAGGCCCCGGGCGCGGCGGUCACUAGACUGCGAGUGAAGGCCCACGAACGGCUCAGGCCGUGGGCCAGCGUGGAGCUCGAGCUCACGGUGAACGUGCGCUCGGUCAACCGCUGGCCUCCGCGCUGCCUCCCAGCGAUGCUGGUGACUCAAAUCCCCGAGACCACGCCGGUGGGCACCGUGCUGAACACCUUCACUUGUGCUGAUCCAGACUCUCCCGGCUCCAUCCUCGACUACCAGCUGCAGUUCCACAGCCCUCCUGGCUUAGCUAGCCUCUGCCUUCGGGACAGGGUCCUGGAGGUGAAUGCCACACUGGACUGUGACGCUCGUGGGGCCUGCUUUCAGCAUGCAGCCUCCAUCCUGGUGCUCGAUGGUGGUCAGCCCCUGAUGACCACUGAGGUGCCAGUACUGGUGAUGGUGACUCCUGUGAACGAGUUCUCCCCAGCCUGUGUCCCACACAAGUUCCGGAUCCGGGAAGAUGCAGGGCCCCACACUCUGCUGGGCUCUGUGGUGGGCAUGGACAAGGAUUACCCACACAACAACAUUGAGUACUACAUCUCUGGCGGGCCUACCAUCUUUUCUGUGGACCGUCUCAGUGGGGAGGUUCAUCUCCUGGGAUCUUUGGACUAUGAGCUGCAGACAUUAUACAGGCUCAAUGUCCUGCUGAUUGACCAUGGCCAAGACCAGGACCCCACUCACCACCGCUCUGGUUCCUGUACAAUUACCAUUGAGGUUGAGGAUGUGAACGAUCAUGCCCCCGAGUGUCAGCCUCCAUUUCAGGAACUCACCAUCUACGCUCUCCUGGGCCAUAGUGUGGAGGUGACCAAGGUGUCAUGUUGGGUUCCUCAGGAGCCACAGCGUCUGGCCUUCUCCUACAGCAUUGUGGGAGGGAAUAGUCAGAACCGAUUCAGCCUGCAAGGAGCCACCCUGGUGUACAACAACAUCUUGUUGGGGCCUCUCUGGCCAGAGCAGUUCUAUACUUAUGAGCUGUUGAUCCGUGUGGCCGAUGCAGGUCCCUCCAUCCCCCACCUCAGUACCACAGCCACCGUCAGUGUGCAUCUAAUUCCCUGGAGCGCCAGCACGGUGGCCACCCGCACCCACAGAUCCACAGUGCCUUCAGUGAUGACACCCCUGCUUGUGACUGACACAGAGGCUUUCUGGCAGCCGGAGCCCUGGUUUGUGGUGGUGCUGACAGUGACCAGCGCCCUCUUUGUCUUGGCUCUGGGCUGGCUCCUCCUCAGGCUCUUCCAGGGGUUGGUCCAGAUGCAUCAGACACCAAGCAAACCAACCCAGGCUUUGCUACUAAACGGCAUCCAGGGAACUGAGGAGUCCAUUCAGGGGUUCAUGGAGGCACCGAGAAUGGAGAUGUCCCAGGCACCCAGCAGUGUCGACCUGAGCUUGCAGCACUUUGAUGGCAGAGCACAGGACUCCCGUGAGUCCCCCUUUUCCCAAACUACUCUUCACCUGGGUCCACUUUCUCUCCUUACCCCAUCUCAGCGUCUCCUCCUACCACCAGGCAUCCACUAUCUACUCUUUCCCUGAAUGGGGUCUGUUCUCACCCCAAUGUUUCUCAAACAUCUGUUGGGCCAGAAGGUGACUCAGACCUGGUCUGGUUCCUGCCCAUGGCAGAAGCGGUGGUGAGGGGAAAGGCCCCCAGAUAUUACAUUGUCAUCAGUGAUUUAUGGCAGAUUAAUCUGGCACUGGGCUUAGGGAAGCUGGUGUUCAGUUUGGGGAAAUCAAGGAUGCUUCCUGUGCAUUUGAGCUAGACCUCACAGGAUUGCUGAGAAAGGAGGGAAGGGACAAGUUGGAUCAAGCAGAAGGAGGGUCUCACCAAGGGUUCUGGAAUGUCUUCCCCUACCUUUAAGGGAAGGAGGCUGUUCUGCUGAGUCCAGCAGUGCCCUCUCUCCCUCCUGACCAUUUGA